CCCAGGAUGUCCAUGCUCGCUGAGCCCCGGAGGAAACAGAAGUGGUCUGUUGACCCCAGGAACAGCGCCUGGAGCAAAGAUGAGUCCAAAUUUGGCCAGAAGAUGCUGGAGCGAAUGGGCUGGUCCAAGGGCAAGGGCCUGGGCAGGACUGAGCAGGGCGUCACCGACCAUAUCAAAGUAAAAGUUAAAAACAACAGCUAUGGGUUGGGAACCACUGCCAGCUAUGAGGACAACUGGAUUGCUCACCAAGAUGACUUCAAUGAGCUCCUUGCUCAGCUGAACAACUGCCACGGUCAAAAUACCAGCAAAGAACCUCCACCAGAGGAACAGAAAGGCUUCAGCUUGGAAGAGAAAUCCAAGACCUCCAAAAAGAGGGUCCAUUACAUGAAGUUUACCAAAGGAAAGGACCUGUCCUCCCGCAGUGAAAAUGACCUGAAUUGCAUCUUUGGAAAGAGAGGACAAUCUGCCAAAGAACAAGAGCAGGAGAGCAACAGCAGUGAUUCUCAGGGGGAGACGGAGGAGAAGGUGACUAUUGCUGCUACCGAACUGGAUACGGAGGCCAUCACCCAGACUGUGACCAGUACGCUCAAUAUGCAGCAGUACUUUGCGCAGCGAAUGGCUCAGUUGAAGAAGGCUCGGGGACAGGACCCACGUGAGACAUCCCAGGCGGACGCAGGGACCAGCGAGACGUCAACUCCAUCCGAGGAACCCAUCCACAUUAGCAACAACAAUACGGAGGAGCCCAAGAAGAAGAAAAAGAAGAAGAAGAAAAAGGCUACGAAUGAGUUGGAAGUGGUAGAAGACAAUUUUAGUUCUCCCAUUGCAGUGGAAGACAGCGAGAACCAGGAGCAGGAACGUAAAAAGAAAAAGAAGAAGAAAAAGAGGAAAAUGGCAGAAAUCGAAGGAGCUUCAGACGAGAACUGCAGCUCCACCUCUGGUGUGGAGCAGAACUGUGAGGAGCAGCCUCCUUCCAAAAAGAAAAAGCUUAAAAAACUAAAUGGACACGAGCCAUCUGACGAUCAAACUGUAGAAUCGGAGGUUGUUCCGAAAGAGGAACACAGAGAGGAGGGCGAUGUUGUAGAGGUGGUAGUGCAGAAGAAAUCUAAAAAAAAGAAGAAAAAGAAGAAACAUCAAGAAUAGGUGCAGUCAGGGGUAUGGAUGAGUCCUUUAGUCUUUAAGCUCAUACUUAUGGAAAAUGUCUUAAGAGCUAAUCAACCUUAAAACCUGUUCCACAGCGAGAAGAAAAGAGGUUUGAUAUUUGAUCACUCUGCCCAGUAAAGCCACUAAGUUGUACUGGUGGACACACUAUGGUAGUGACUCAUUUGUCACAAAACAAGCAUAUAUAGCCUAGAAAAUGUUAAACUAUCCCUUUAAAUUUUCUACAAGGCUAUCUCUUUAUGUAAUGCCUGAACUAUAUAAAUAGAGAGGAUUGACAGAUAUUAAAAUAAACUGUAUACAACUAGGGUCACACUCGGUAGAACGCAACCUCUGUCAAGGCCGAACGAUCUUAAAGUUAAAAGAAAUCCUGGAUCAGCCAAAUCCAAAUCCACACCAAAAUUGAAUUGGUUCCUCUCAGGCGAAGGUCCAAAGCCUCCACUGUGUUUGGUAGAAAUUUACAUAAUCCUACAGACAAGGUGAAAAUAUUACACAUUGGGGGUUAAUAAUUUCGUGAAACUAACAAGCUCAAUUUCAUUAAAUCUGUGAUAUGUCGACUGAAUAAAAUCAAAUUUCUACUAUUCUACCAACUUUUUAAGAACAGCUUUCAGCUCAGUCUGUCGUCUUUACAAUUGCUAUCAUUUUGCAUGUUUCCAUCUUUUUUUGCCAACAGCUAUUUAUCAGAUUCUUAAAUCAAGAUCUCUUUAUAUUGUUAAAGCAAAGCAACACAGUGACAGUUUUUAGCUUUUGUUAAAAACGACAGAAGCACAUGAAAUGGGUCUGUGGUGUUAUAUGAACAGAUGUAAUUUGAUGGUGUUUUGGACUCUUUCUCAUCAGAUUCAUGAACUGUAAGCAAAUCCCCUUUUAAAUAAAUCCAAAGGUUUAUCCAUGA